CCAUAUCCAUAUGCUUAAAGGAUGCAUUCAAGAUUGACUCUUAUCUCAGAUUCUUUUAAACAUUAUUAUAUGGUUUUGUGAUCGCGCGUGUUACUGCUUUUGCUCUGAGUCUCCAACUUCUCAGGGGAAAUGGAGAGGGAGGAAACCAAGGGAGCAGAGAACACGACCUGCAGCGCAGAAGUUUUCAGCAUUGAGGCAGAUCAAGUAAAAGGCGUUCAAUUGAACGGAGAUUAUCUCACGUCUGCACACACCAUUGAUCAUGAUUCAUGGCAACAAGUGGGUUUCCUACUGAUAACGAGCUUCAAUUGUGGAUACAUCUUGAGCUUUUCGAACCUGAUUUUGGUGCCUCUUGGUUGGGUGUGGGGUGUAAUCUGCUUGUUGGUUGUGGGCUUUUUUACUGCCUACGCCAACUGGCUCUUGGCAGGUCUUCACAUAAUACAAGGCCAGAGGUUUAUAAGAUACAGAGACCUCAUGGGGUUUGUAUUUGGAAGAAAACUGUAUUAUAUCACAUGGGUCCUCCAAUUCUUGACUCUUCUCCUUGGAAACAUGGGCUUCAUUCUUCUAGGCGGCAGAGCUCUAAAGGAAAUCAAUUCAGAGUUUAAAGUCUGCCCCUCCAGUCUCCAACUUUUCAUUGCCAUAUCCGGGGUGGCCUUCUUUAUGUUCUCAUUUGUUGUUCCGACAAUGUCCGCCAUGAGACGCUGGUUGGCAGGCUCAACGAUUCUAACAUCCAUCUACAUUGUCAUGCUCUUAGCCAUAUUAAUAAAAGAUGGUAAAUCUAGGACGAAAGUGGAUUACAACAUUGGCGGAAGCCAAUUAGAUAAGGUAUUCAAAUCCUUCGGCGCAAUUUCUGCUAUUAUUGUCAGCAAUACCUCGGGCUUGCUGCCAGAGAUUCAGUCAACUCUCCGUCAGCCGGCUAUUAAGAACAUGAGAAGAGCUUUAUACCUGCAAUACACGGUUGGGCUUGUAUUUUAUUACGGUGUUACCCUCGUCGGAUAUUGGGCCUACGGUUCGUCUGUGUCCGAGUAUAUCCCCAAAGAACUUAGUGGGCCUAGUUGGGCUAAGGUCAUGAUCAACAUUACGGUCUUCCUCCAGACAAUAAUUUCUCAGCAUAUGUUCAUUGCGCCGAUACAUGAGGCUCUUGAUACAAAUUUCCUAAAACCUGAUGAGAGAAUGGACUCCAGGGAAAAUCUUAAACGCCGCCUCGUUUUGCGUGCAGCCAUCUUCACACUGAACACAUUUGUGACAGCUGCAUUUCCUUUCAUGGGUGACUUUGUGAACUUGCUUGGGUCAUUCUCGCUCUUUCCACUGACCUUUGUGUUCCCAAGCAUGGUUUUUAUGCAGGUCAAAGGGAAGACAGCUAGAAAGAAAGAAAAGAUGUGGCAUUGGGCCAACAUUGUUGUUUUCUCCAUUCUCACUGUAGCCACAACAAUCUCUGCUAUCCGCUUAAUUGUAAACAAUGCGAGGGUUUAUCAUUUCUUCGCAAACAGAUGAUAACCCUGUGUGCAUUCUUCUCUUACAACUUUACAAGUUUAUAGAGAGUGUAUUAAGCUUGCCUAGAUGGUAUUAUUGUUGGUGUUUAUCAGAUUUUAUGAUUCAAAUUAAAUCCUUUUAAGUUUUAUUCGUUC